GGCGGCUGACGGGCUGCGGCCCCGGUGCCCAGGGCGAUGCUUCUGCCUGCAGCACUUCGGGCCCGCCUGGCUGGGCCGCCUGGCGCUGCCGAGCCGCUGCCUGUGGAGCGGAACCCCGCGGCUCAAGCGGCGCCCUUCGGCUUCGUGCCGCGCCCAGUGCGUUUCCCGAGGGAGCACGAGUUCUUCGAGGAAGGGGACGUGCAGCGGCACCUGUACCUGCGGGAUGUGCUUACCCAGGUGGCCGAGGCGCCAGAGAAGUCCAGGGUGCCCGAGUUCACCUGUCAGGUGGCUGGCUGUUGCCAGGUGUUUGCUGCGCUAGAGGACUAUCAGCACCACUAUCAUAUGAUGCACAGGAAUGCCUGCUCCCUUUGUAGCCGAGCUUUCCCUUCUGAGCACUUGCUGGACGCCCACAUUCUGGAGUGGCAUGAUUCACUUUUCCAGAUCCUGGCAGAAAGACAAGACAUGUACCAGUGUCUGGUUGAAGGCUGCACUGAGAAAUUCAAGACCACCCAGGACCGGAAGGAUCACAUGGUGAGGCUCCAUCUCUACCCUGCAGAUUUCCGAUUUGAUAAGCCCAAGACCAACAGAGGCCCAGCCAUGCCAGGGGCCGUUGCAGAUGUGUCCAGCAGAACCCUGGCAGAUGAUGGAGAUGCCAUGGAAAUCAGCUCUGAAACUGUGGCUCUGCCCCCAGCACCAGGGGGUGAGAGACGGACUUAUAGCCACAGAAUACCUUCUACUAUCUGUUUUGGACAGGGUGCAUUGAGAGGAUUUAAAAGCACCAAGAAAAGAAAUAAACACCUCUGACAGGGAGAAAGAACCAAGCAUCUGAGCAGACCAGGGCAAAAGACAAUGGUCUCCUGCAACAGACAGUAUCUGUCAAGCCUUUCUCUAACUUUGCGUGCUACUCCCUGGACGGAGCCUUUGUUGGCCCUCUGUGUCUCUGUCCCUCCACAGGCACCUCAGCAGUUGUUACCAGAGGCAGUAAGAGAUCUAUAGAAAUGACUGGGAAUCACUGCAAGGAGUAAAAUGGGGAAAUUAUCUACUUCCCUCUGCAGGGGCUACCUAAGAAUGUCCUUUUUAAAAACAUAAAAUAAUAUUUUUUACUGAUGA